GCGCUCAACGCGGAGGAGAAGCAGUUUCCCACCAUGGCCGAGGUACUGAACAAGAUCCCCAAGCACUGCUUCGUCAAGGACACCGCCAAGUCCCUCAUGUACGCCGCGGUUUCCACCGCCAUCACCGUCGGCCUCGGCCUCGCCGCUUUCGCGUACAUCCCCAUGACGCUCGCCUACCUCCCCGCGUGGAUCGCGUACGCCUUCGUCGCCGGGACCGCCAGUACCGGGUGCUGGGUCGUGGCGCACGAGUGCGGCCACGGCGCCUUCUCCGAUAACCGCGCCAUCCAGGACACCGUGGGAUACAUCCUCCACUCGUUGCUCCUCGUCCCGUACUUUUCGUGGCAGCGUUCGCACGCGGUGCACCACUCGCGCACGAACCACGUGAUGGAGGGCGAGACCCACGUCCCGGCGCAGGUCAACACCCCCGACAGCGACGUGGUGUUCAAGCUCCGCGACAUGCUCGGCGAGGGGCCCUUCACGGCCCUCAACCUCGUCGGCGUCUUCCUCCUGGGAUGGCCAAUCUACCUCCUCACGGGAGCGUCGGGGGGCCCCGUCCGCGGAGCCACGAACCACUUCAACCCCAACGCGGGCGACCAGGGCAAGCACGCCCUGUUCCCGGGCAAGUGGCGCGGCAAGGUGUGGCAGAGCGACGUCGGCGUCGUCGCCGUGGUCGCCGCGCUCGCCGCGUGGGCGGUUUCCGCGGGUUCCGUCUGGCCCGUCGCGGCGCUGUACCUCGGGCCCUACCUGGUGUGCAACUUCUGGCUCGUGCUGUACACCUGGCUGCAGCACACCGACGUGGACGUGCCCCACUUCGAGGGGGACCAGUGGAACCUGGUCAAGGGCGCGUUCAUGACCAUCGACCGCCCGUACGGGUCCAUCUACGACUUUUUGCACCACCGCAUCGGGAGCACCCACGUGGCGCACCACAUCAACCACACCAUCCCGCACUACCACGCGAAGGAGGCGACCGAGGCGCUCAAGGAGGCGUUCCCGGAUCUGUACCUCUACGAUCCCACGCCCAUCGUGACGGCGACCUGGAGGGUGGGCAGCAAGUGCAUCGCGGUGUACAAGCGGGGGAACGAGUGGGUGUUCACGGAUGAGAGGAUGCCAGACGCCAAGCCCCUGAUUGCGUAAGUGCCGAGGUCGGCGACGGGCAAGAACUUUGGUUGGUUCAUAAUACGUAGCACGAGUUUUGAUGUUCAGAUUCUUUUUAGUGACUGUC